AUGUGUGUGGAUUCCAUAGGGUCAGAGGGCACGCCUAUUGCAAUCAGAAGACUCCAAGUGUAGAGGCAGGGAUGGAUGAACAGGCUCUUUUAGGGCUAAAUCCAAAUGCUGAUUCAGACUUCAGACAAAGGGCCCUGGCCUAUUUUGAGCAGUUGAAGAUUUCCCCAGAUGCUUGGCAGGUGUGUGCAGAAGCUCUAGCCCAGAGGACAUACAGUGAUGAUCACAUAAAAUUUUUCUGCUUUCAAGUAUUAGAACAUCAAGUUAAAUACAAAUAUUCAGAACUAACCACUGUUCAACAACAACUAAUUAGGGAGACACUCAUAUCUUGGCUUCAAGCUCAGAUGCUGAGUCUCCAACCAGAGAAGACCUUUAUACGAAAUAAAGCAGCCCAGGUCUUCGCCUUGCUUUUUGUUACAGAAUAUCUCACUAAGUGGCCCAAGUUUUUUUUCGACAUUCUCUCAGUAGUGGACCUAAAUCCAAGGGGAGUAGAUCUGUACGUCCGAAUCCUCAUGGCUAUCGAUUCUGAGUUGGUGGAUCGUGAUGUGGUUCACACAUCAGAGGAAGCUCGUAGGAAUACGCUGAUAAAAGAUACCAUGAGGGAACAGUGCAUUCCAAAUUUGGUGGAAUCAUGGUACCAAAUCUUACAAAGCUAUCAGUAUACUAAUUCAGAAGUGACAUGUCAGUGCCUUGAAGUAGUUGGGGCUUACGUCUCUUGGAUAGACUUAUCCCUUAUAGCCAAUGAUAGGUUUAUAAAUAUGCUGCUAGGUCACAUGUCAAUAGAAGUUCUACGGGAAGAAGCAUGUGACUGUUUAUUUGAAAUUGUAAAUAAAGGAAUGGACCCUGUUGAUAAAAUGAAGCUAGUAGAAUCUUUGUGUCAAGUGUUACAGACUGCUGGGUUUUUCAGUAUUGACCAGGAAGAAGACGUGGACUUCCUGGCCAGAUUUUCUAAGCUGGUUAAUGGAAUGGGACAGUCACUGAUAGUUAGCUGGACUAAAUUAAUUAAGAGUGGGGAUAUUAAGAAUGCUCAAGAGGCACUACAAGCUAUUGAAACAAAAGUGGCACUUAUGUUGCAGCUGCUCAUUCAUGAGGAUGAUGACAUCUCCUCUAACAUAAUUGGGUUUUGUUACGAUUAUCUUCAUAUUUUGAAACAGCUUACGGUGCUCUCAGAUCAACAAAAGGCUAAUGUAGAGGCAAUCAUGUUGGCUGUUAUGAAAAAACUGACUUACGAUGAAGAAUACAACUUUGAAAAUGAGGGUGAAGACGAAGCCAUGUUUGUAGAAUAUAGAAAACAGCUGAAGUUGUUGUUGGACAGACUUGCUCAAGUGUCACCAGAGUUACUGCUAGCUUCUGUUCGCAGAGUUUUUAGUUCUACACUUCAGAAUUGGCAGACUACACGGUUUAUGGAAGUUGAAGUAGCGAUCAGAUUGCUGUAUAUGCUGGCAGAAGCUCUUCCAGUGUCUCACGGUGCACACUUCUCAGGUGACGUUUCGAAAGCUAGCGCUUUGCAGGACAUGAUGCGAACUCUGGUAACGUCAGGAGUCAGUUCCUAUCAGCAUACAUCUGUGAUGCUGGAAUUCUUUGAAACUGUUGUUAGAUAUGAAAAGUUUUUCACGGUUGAACCUCAACACAUUCCAAAUGUACUAAUGGCUUUCUUAGAUCACCGGGGUCUGCGGCAUUCUAGUGCUAAAGUACGGAGUAGAACUGCAUACCUGUUCUCUAGAUUUGUCAAGUCUCUCAAUAAACAAAUGAAUCCUUUCAUUGAAGAUAUUUUGAAUAGAAUACAAGAUUUAUUGGUCCUUUCUCCACCAGAGAAUGGAUACCAGUCCUUGUUGAGCAGCGAUGAUCAACUAUUUAUUUAUGAGACAGCUGGAGUGCUUAUUGUCAAUAGUGAAUACCCAGCAGAUAGGAAGCAAAUAUUAAUGAGGAAUCUAUUGACUCCACUAAUGGAAAAGUUUAAAAUUCUGUUAGAAAAAUUAAUGCUGGCACAAGAUGAAGAAAGACAGGCAUCUCUGGCAGACUGUCUGAACCAUGCUGUUGGAUUUGCCAGUCGAACCAGCAAAGCUUUCAGCAACAAGCAGACUGUGAAACAGUGUGGCUGUUCCGAAGUUUACCUGGAUUGCUUACAGACCUUCUUGCCAGCCCUAAGUUGUCCCUUGCAAAAGGAUAUUCUCAGAAGUGGAGUUCGAACUUUUCUUCAUCGAAUGAUUAUUUGCCUGGAGGAGGAAGUUCUUCCAUUCAUUCCUUCUGCCUCAGAACAUAUGCUCAAAGAUUGUGAAGCAAAAGACCUCCAGGAGUUCAUUCCCCUUAUCAACCAGAUUACAGCCAAAUUUAAGAUCCAGGUUUCCCCAUUUUUACAACAGAUGUUCAUGCCUCUGCUUCGUGCAAUUUUCGAAGUGCUCCUCCGACCAGCAGAAGAGAAUGACCAGUCUGCGGCUCUGGAGAAGCAGAUGUUGCGGCGGAGCUACUUUGCCUUCCUGCAGACAGUCACAGGCAGCGGAAUGAGUGAGGUGAUAGCAAAUCAAGGCGCAGAGAACGUAGAACAAGUGUUAGUAACCGUUAUCCAAGGAGCUGUUGACUAUCCAGAUCCGAUUGCACAGAAAACAUGUUUUAUCAUCCUCUCAAAGUUGGUAGAACUCUGGGGAGGUAAAGAUGGACCGGUGGGAUUUGCUGAUUUUGUUUAUAAACACAUUGUUCCUGCAUGUUUCCUGGCCCCUUUAAAACAAACAUUUGACCUGGCAGAUGCGCAAACAGUAUUGGCUCUAUCUGAGUGUGCCGUGACACUGAAAACAAUUCAUCUCAAACGGGGGCCAGAAUGUGUUCAAUAUCUGCAACAGGAAUACCUGCCCUCCUUACAAGUAGCUCCCGAAAUAAUUCAGGAGUUUUGUCAAGCACUUCAGCAACCUGAUGCUAAAGUUUUUAAAAACUAUUUAAAGGUGUUUUUCCAGAGAGCAAAACCCUAAGGACUGGAUUUCCUUGUACCCACAUCAUGAUCAGGAAUUCCAAUUAAUAAUUUAUAAAGGAGUGAUUUUUUUGUGUGUGCCAUUCACACUCUUUCAACAUUGCUUUGAACUUAUAGCAAUGUAUG